GGCUCCUCCUUUUUCUUUGUAGUUUUGUUUCUCUGUCUCAGACUGCAGUGAAUUUGGAGCAGAAUGUCAGCAUGUGAAAAAAUAACAAAAACAAGGGAUAUAUGAUGGAAGAUCAGGGAAGUUUCGUUGACAUGCUCUAGGAUGAGCGCAAACUACCGCCAGUUCAAGUGAUUUGUAGGUAUUGGGAAUUGAUUCAAGCUCGCCCUUGUUUCCCCUGCGCGUUCACGGGGUUUUUACCAAACCACCCUGAGCAGCAUCUUACUGCUGCAGAGUGCUAGGCUUAACUUUCACAAUUUCUUCAUCUUUAUCAAGAUCAGUCCAAGGAAAGUCAUUCUUCCAGGUAUAGAUAUCAGCCAUGAAGAGGAAACUAUGUGCGUUUGAAUAUGUAUGUAUUUGUCUUUGGUUGGGGAUAUUUUGGCAAGCAAGAUCAGCAGUGGCCAACUCCCAGGAAGAGGAAGCCAAAAAUAACAUCACCAUCUUUACAAGAAUUCUUGACAGGCUUCUGGACGGCUAUGAUAAUCGACUUAGACCUGGAUUAGGAGACAGAGUAACAGAAGUGAAGACUGACAUCUAUGUUACCAGUUUUGGACCCGUUUCUGAUACAGAUAUGGAAUACACAAUAGAUGUUUUCUUCCGACAAAGCUGGAAAGACGAGAGAUUAAAAUUUAAAGGACCAAUGAACAUCCUCCGGUUAAACAAUCUGAUGGCCAGCAAAAUCUGGACUCCUGACACAUUCUUUCAUAAUGGGAAGAAAUCUGUGGCACACAACAUGACAAUGCCAAAUAAACUGCUAAGAAUCCAAGAUGAUGGGACAUUGCUGUAUACAAUGAGACUGACUGUUCAGGCCGAAUGCCCAAUGCAUCUUGAAGAUUUUCCAAUGGAUGCCCAUGCUUGCCCUUUGAAGUUUGGCAGCUAUGCCUACACUACAUCAGAAGUCACAUAUAUUUGGACACUCAAUGCCACUGAAUCAGUUGUGGUUGCAGAAGAUGGUUCCAGAUUGAAUCAGUACGAUUUGCUCGGGCAAACCGUUGGACAAGAAACUAUUAAAUCCAGCACAGGUGAAUAUACAGUCAUGACAGCACAUUUUCACUUGAAAAGGAAGAUUGGCUACUUUGUGAUUCAGACUUAUUUGCCAUGUAUCAUGACAGUCAUUCUGUCUCAAGUGUCGUUUUGGCUGAACAGAGAAUCUGUCCCUGCCAGGACUGUCUUUGGAGUAACAACUGUGCUGACGAUGACAACUCUGAGUAUCAGCGCUCGCAAUUCCCUGCCUAAAGUGGCUUACGCAACAGCCAUGGACUGGUUCAUAGCUGUUUGUUAUGCCUUUGUCUUCUCUGCAUUGAUAGAAUUUUCCACAGUGAAUUACUUUACAAAGCGUGGAUGGGCCUGGGAUGGUAAAAGUGUAGUGAACGAUAAGAAAAAAGAAAAAGCCUCCAUCAUUAAGAAAAACAAUGCAUAUGCAGUAGCUGUCGCUAACUAUGCACCAAAUAUCACCAAGGACUCUGUACUGCCCACAAUUUCAAAAAGUGCCAUAACAGAUCCGAGCAAGGCAAAGCCAGAAGCAAAACCACAGGAAGCCAAGAAGACAUUCAACAGUGUAAGCAAAAUCGAUAGAAUGUCCAGAAUAUUAUUCCCGGUUUUAUUUGGAUCCUUUAACUUGGUAUAUUGGGCCACAUAUUUAAACAGAGAACCAGCCAUAAAAGAUCUUGUACCAUCAAAGUAGAUGGUCAGAUCUUACUGUAUAACAUUCUAAAUAUCGUACUGAGGACAUGCCAAAUAAAACAAAUAACUGCUAAUCUAUGUGCUAACAUAGGAUAGCCAGGCACUAAAACAAAAAAUACCUUGUUUACUUCUAUCCCACCAGUGCUUUUUUUUAUAUAGAAUUGCCAUUAGGGAUUUACAUAAUUGUUCUGUAAUUUAUUUCCAUAAUAUGUACAAUCUCUCAUUUGUUUGUAACAUUUCUUUAAAUAUAGUUAUGCUUUAGUAAGGCCUAUAGUCUACACAAAAUAUCAGUCCUUUCUGUUUCUGUAGGAUAAAAGAAGGUAGUUGCUGAUUAUACAGAUCACAUUUAGUCGUACAAUAUGCUUUGUCAUUUUUUUUCCUUCAGAUUUUUUUUUACAUAAAAACUAAUGUAGGCAGCCAGUGUAUAAUCUAGUCUUGUCUUCAGUUAGUGAAGUUUUAGAGGACCAAAACACCUACAAGUGCUUACAUUUAAAAUACAUUUCAGAACAAAAUAUUUUAUAUUUAAUUUACACUAAUAUAAAGGGACUUUUUAAAACUUUUCCAGGUUUUACCACUAUAAAAGUAAACAAUCAGUUUUAUUCAGCUCAAUUGAUCAGAGGUAAACUUUCCUGAAGUUUUGUUUGCCUUUUUAAUAUUUUGCUCACAUACUGGUAAAAAUUAGGAAUUGUUAAUAUUGAUUAAUACUGUACAUGCAGCGUAUCCCUUAAUAUAUAUAUAAUAUAUAUAUAUGCUCAGAUGUCUCCUAUAAAAACAAGAAGGAGUAUAGAAAUACAUUAUUGUUAGCUGUUUUGAAUUAUAGGGUGGGCCAUGUAAAAGGGAUCUACAAAUCUUCCAGAUACUGCCGAAACAACCCACAUCUAAAGGAAUAUUCUUUCAUUUAAUAUAAACUUUCUGAUCUAAAGCAAACACAAAAUCCAAUACAGUAGUUCUAAUUGUGGCUGUUGGGAAUAAAUGUACUCUUGAUGAUCAGUUCAAAAGUGUGCAGCUUGUCCUGGAUGAACAGUACAAGGACAGUUCAAUUGUGGUAUAUGUAGUCUUACUAAAAGAAACUGAAACAAUUAUAUGAUAAACAUUUAAACUAGAAGUAUUUCUCAAUGUCUAGCAAUUAAAGACAUUACGGGAGUUUCCAUGUGUGUUCUAAUUUUAGUCGAGACACUGUGCUCAAGCCAAAUGAAAAAUGACCCUAUUCAUUUCGGGUUUAUUUUUGGCCACAAACCUGAGCUGUUCUCCCAAACAUGUACGCGCAUCGCCAUUUCACGUGUAAAUAACCACACAUGGAAACUCCCCCAUUAAGAAACAUUUGUCAGUUUUUGAAUGUACAUGGUCUGUUGAAAAGGGGCUGUGCUCUGUUGGAAUGCCUAGUAAUCUGGUACUUUGAUCUGGUAUCUUUUGAGCAUCCUGUAGCAACACUCCAUACCUGCAAAAAUAUAUUUUCAGCAUUGUUACAUAUAUUGUUACAUACAUUUAUAUGACCCUCCCUGUACAACUCUGUUCAACAAUGAGCCACUUUCUGCUUUUUUUUUUUUUUUUAAAUCCAUGAAGCUUCUGUGCAGUUGCCUGUUCUAUAAGUUGCCAAAUGUUAUACAAUAAGACUUUUUUGUUAAGACAUGUAAUUAUUGGUUUUAGGUAACAGUCAAGACUCAAAUUUGAUUACUUUUGAAACACCCCUCUUACUGUUUUCUAUAUAAAAUAAAAUAAAAACUGGACUACUUCAUACAGCAGAAUUUUACAAAGGUAAAAAAAUAUAUAUAUGACAUAGAAAAGCUAAUUUUCCUUGCUAAUGGAUCAAAUAGUUUCGGGGAAAAAAGUGUUUUUUUACAUACAUUAGCAGUUAGUUGAUCUGAACAUGGUUAGAUCUUUGUUAUAAAACUUUUUUUAUUUUAGAAAAUAUGCUGCUUAGUGCAUUACAGUAGUGUACAGUAAUGAUUUUAAUACAUCAAAGGUGUGGUGUACAAACAAUUUAUUUUAUUUGCUAAUGAGUGUUUUGUUUAUUUAUUUAGUUUGUUUGUUUGUUUGUUAAAUGCUUUGCGUGAUGGUAUUUCUGACAAGGUCACAAAUAUACAUUUAAAAAAAAAAUCUUAGCUCCACUGAUUCAGCCCCCACUGACUAAAACAUGUAUUCUAUUCUUGCAUUCAGGGAUACAUUAAUGUCAAUAGUUUAAUUUACCCCUACUGGUAUAGAAUAUGAAAUAAAAGGGGAAUGCACUUUAAAAAAAAAAAACAUUGAGCCACAUGGAGUACAAAGUCUUGUUUCUUCCAAUAAAUGCAAAGACUGCGCAAUUAUAUAGUAUGCAGAGUAUGCUGAGCAAUAAAAACAUACAAUAACUGGUUAGCAAUUCUUACAGUGGGCUCAUCUAAUUGAUAUCUCCCAUAAUAAGCGGACGGUUAUUACGGGAAACACACACUCAUUAACACCAGUACCUGAGCGUGACCCCAGUGCAAGCUAAUAACACACUGUCAAAGACUAAGUAAGCCCCCCACAACAAGCUACACAGAACGUUAGAAUUCUGGCAGGAAAAAAUUGCUUACCAGAGAUUAUAAGAAAUACUGCAUUGGGUAGUGUGUGAUAAAUAAGAAUGUAAUGCCCACCCUCGGGGUGGGAUACUUGGAUUUAUGUAGCAUCUCACCCUCUGAGUGGGCAUUCGAUUAUCAUGUCACACACUACUCCAUGCAUUAUUCUCUUUCUAAUUGAUACUGUUCAUCUGCUCUACUCUGAUAGGUAGAUGUAAGUCAGAUGACAAGUACAAAUCUACAGAAAUGUUCUCUGCUCUAGAAAAAGCUGUUUUACAGAAUGGCAUUCUUCAGUCUUCUAGUCCAAGAAUUAUAUACCUGCUACUAUGAAGUGGAAGAGGUGAACAGUGCCACAAUCUUCAUAGUUAUACCCAACCAAAGGCCGUCUUCCGCAUGUUCUGACAAUGAUAACAAAAGUCAAAUAUUUUUUUUCAACCUUUCCUGCUCUUGGUCUGUAUUUACUACACCUUGAAAGAGUCUAGUUUAUGUAAUUUAAUAAUAAAAAUUAUUAUUAUUGGGCAUUUUAAAACUGACUAGAAGUAGGGAGAAAUAUACUGACUUUGCCUUUGCAUACUAUCAACACAUUUUGGCUAUGAACCUACUUCCAGGAUUUUUAUUUUUUGCCACCUCCUCUCUACCUACCACCUCUGUAAGCCGUCUACUUAAAUACUUAUACAGAAGGUACAUGAUUCUCCCAUUGUUCAACCUGUAAACAUACAGUAGUAGCUAGCAUGGCUGCUUACUUUCCCUCUUUUAAAAUGCAAGAACAGUGGCCAAAGAAUAAUGUGUACACACAUAAUGUUACUUAAUAAAGAGUUGAACUGACUUGAGUUGUGUCCUUACUCUGAGUUCAUGUAUCAGAGACUUUUUGACCCAUAAUUCCUUGUCAACUUUUAAAAAACUGCAUGAUGAACCGACACAGUUAAUUAGGCCAGUUUGAUCCUGCAGCCUGCACUACUUCCUGGUGUAUUUGCUUUGUUCAAAGUAUUUCACGAUGUAUAUCACAAUGAGUUGAAGCAUUUGGUUUUCAAGGUUGCUAUGGGAGGUGUUAGAAGAAGAAAAGAAGAAACAGCUUUGCACAUUACUGUGCUGGCCAUGAAUAUUGCAUUGCAGUUUUUGAAAAUGACUGUAAUGCAGUAGAUAAUACCAUGAUACUUUACAUUAUACAUUUGUACGGUAUAAAGAUAUGUACCCCAUAUUGGUAUAAGCACCAUUUUUGUUGUUUUAAAGAAAUAAAAAGCAGUUACAUUUCUAAAAAUAAAUUUUAAAAAAUGCAAUUUAAGAUUGCUUGAAAGCUCCAAAAUUAAUUGUCAGAGUUUGGCAAUUUUAUCAUGUGAUUGUGUGUGUGUGUUUUGU